UUGGUCGGGGGGUGGACAGAAACAAAAAUAAAGUGUCGCUCCCGAAGUUAUUACUUUCUUCCAGCAAUGUAGUUUGUGUUUAGAUGUGUAUAGGUCCUAUAUGAGAAAGAAAAAUGAGACUCAGGUCUCAGAAAACUGUUACAGUCUGUUCUGAAACGCCGAAGAGCAGCCGCCGACCGAGCAACAAAGCGAUGUCGAAACGAACGCGACUGUCGAUGACUGAGAGCCCGCUUCAAACUAAGGCUGAAGAAACUUUGGAUGAUGACUCCCACCACUCAGAUGAUGAAGUUCCCAUUAAGACGAGGCGAUUCCUGCCUCGCAGGCGGGCAAGGAGGCGAGCCAUUGCUGUGGAUGACAGAGAAACUGAUCUGGCCUUCAAAACUCCAGUCAGGUCCAUCAUGCACAGUGAGCGCAUACUGUCAGAAAUCGACUCGCUGUCUCCUCCUAACUCUGCAUCCAGAAAUACCUACUCACCCAUUGUCCGUUUCCUCACACCCAGCAAAGAGAAUAUGAAGUGUGCAGCUACUGGAAACAGUGUGUUGAUGAGCCCAGAACAAGGUAUAUUUGGUUAUGACUCCAUUGACCUUUUGGCUGGAAACGAGGAUGACGACGACGUGUUCAAUCCAAUUGUUUUCAUCAAGAACAUACCACUGCAGUCACAGCAUUCCCGGUUGCGACUCAGAGAUAUUCCUCCUAAGACCAGGAGCACUCCCGAGGCCACACUAGUGAUCGACCUGGAGGAGACCCUGAUGUUCAGCUCCCUGAAUGUGAUUGAGGAUGCAGACUACACCUUUCGUGCAGCUUUCCAGGACCAUCACUACAAGGUGUACAUGAUCCUACGACCACAUGUGAAGGAGUUUCUGCAGGCCGUGGCAAAAAUCUAUGAGCUGUUUGUUUACACAUGUGCAAAGAAGGAAUACGCUGAGAAGAUCCUGGACUUCUUGGACCCACAGAGGAAACUGUUUCGGCAUCGUCUGUAUCAGGACAACUGUGUCUGUGUCCUCGGACACUACAUCAAGGAUCUCAGCAUUCUGGAGAGGGAUCUUGCCAAGACGGUGGUUCUGGACAACGCGCCGCACACAUACCCGUACCAUCUGAUGAACACGAUUCCAAUCAAGAGCUGGUCCGGAGAGUCCACAGACCGAGAGCUCCAGAAACUCAUUCCUUACAUGGAGAAACUAUCUGCAGUGGAGGAUUUUCGGGAGGUGCUGAAGAAGAGGAAGGACCACUUCCACCGGCUGUUGUCAGAGGACUGAUGGGGACCCCCCCAACUACACUGUGUGACUUUCACAGCUCACGUUUGUUCACGUUUAGCAAGCCCACAGCUUGCUUUGCUUUAGCUAAAAAGCAGACUCCAGCUGGAACUAGCCAACCAGAAGCCUGUUGUGCUGCGGUGGACCUGCUCUCCCUUCUCUGUCCCCACUGGUGACUUUAAAGGACCUGGUCUGGUAUUUCAAACAUGCUGCUGGUUGUUUGUCACAUAAACCCCCUUUUCUCCUACACUCAUUCCACAGGGUGAUAAACUGUGAACCAGUGUUUGUGUAUAUUUACGAGACAAAAAUUGAAAUACGUUGUUUAUAGUCAUCAUUUUUAAUUUAUUGAUUUAUGUUGCUAGUAAAUGAAUGUUAUCUCUGUAUAUUUUGAAUAUGCUUUUUAAUGAAAUAAAAUUAGCCUAUUAGCAAAUGGUAAAA